GAAAAUCAAAGACACAAUAAAAUUAUAAUAAAACAAAAAGAGAAGAAAAUGUUGUUAAGAUAUAUUAAAAAUUCUGUUGCAAGCCACUGCGUGGAAAAUGUACCAUUAAGAUUCGGACAACGGCAACUAUCAAUGGGCUUGUUAGACAUGCAAAAGGUGUUAACAAGAGAGGAUAUAAAGUCAUCGUCAAUAGCUUAUGCGGAACAAAGCGACACCGAAUGGUCACGCGCUUUACCAUACAACUCUUUGCCAGGACCGUCGCGAUUACGUCUAAUUAAAGAAGUAUUGCCAGGAGGUAAAUACUAUAACGUUAAUAUGAUGGAGUUGAAUCGUUUGUUACGUGAAACGUAUGGUGAUAUAUAUCUAGUUAAAGGUCUCUUUGGUCGAGAGGAUACCGUAUUUACAUACAAUCCUCAUGAUUUUGAGAUUAUGUUUCGGAACGAAGGUGUCUGGCCAUACCGUGUAGGCUUGCAAACGUUUAAUUACUAUCGUAAGAAGAAACGUCCUGAAGUCUUUCAUGAUAUUGGCGGCUUAGUUUCCGAACAGGGUAAAGCAUGGGGUGAUAUACGUUCAAAAGUGAAUCCAAUUAUGAUGAAAACGCAAACCAUACGUGAAAAUCUGCCACAAAUUGAUGUAAUUGCUCAGGAAUUCACUAAAAGAUUGGAAUCAAUGCGCGUCAUCGGCGACAAUCACAUCAAAUGCAAUUUUCUUGAGGAAGUGCAAAAAUGGGCUUUCGAAUCAAUUAGUUUUAUAGCCUUAAACAAACGAAUGGGUUUAUUCGGAGAUAAUCCCGAUCAGAAGGCAUUAACUUUAGCUCAUAACAUGGCGCUCUUUUUCCAAUUCUCCUACGAAUUUGAUGUGAAGCCAUCGGUGUGGCCUUACGUGCACACGCCUGCUUUUAAAGAAUUUCUUACCGUAUAUGAUAACAUCACUGACAUUACUCUAAGUUAUAUAGAGCAGGAAAUAAGUGAAUUGCAGCGCCGUGGCAAUCAAGAAGCAAAAAGUGUUUUAGAGAAAUUAUUGAAAAUCGAUAAACACAUAGCUCUGGUCAUGGUCAUGGACAUGUUAAUGGCUGGCAUAGACACGACAGCUUCCACCUUAAUUAGUGUACUGUAUAUGUUGGCAACUAAUCCCGAGAAGCAAUUGCGUUUACGUGAGGAAAUCUGUGAGCUGUUACCGGCGCCUUGGUCUCCACUUACCUCCGAAAAUACCAAAAAUAUGCCUUAUCUUCGAGCGUGCCUUAAAGAGUCGUUACGUAUUAUGCCAAUAACGCCUGGAAAUAUGCGUACAACUAUUAAAGAUUUGGUCUUAUCUGGUUAUCAAAUACCGGCCGGUUCCAAUGUUUUAAUGGGUGUUAUGCCGUUAGCUAAUACCGAUAAGUAUUUUCCGAAAAGUGAAAAGUUUUUACCUGAACGAUGGUUGAAGAACGAAGAGUCGACCGGAUUGAGAUCGAAGAACGCAUUUGUCUACGCACCUUUCGGUAUGGGUCCGCGUACUUGCAUUGGCAAACGCGUAGCUGAGAUGGAAAUUGAAACAUUAAUCACUCGUUUAAUACGCAAUUAUCAUAUAAGUUGGUCCGGCAAGGAAAAGUUAAAAUAUGAGAGCAAUAUUAUAACAAAGCCGUGCGGUGAAAUUAAAUUUCAAUUUGAACCGCUUCGAUAAUAGAAAAAAUGUCCCAAAACUUUUUUGCUUUAGUGAAUUUCCUAAGAGAUAACUUCAAUUUAAUAAAAAAAUAAUUAAAAAAACAAUAAACCACAACAAAAGUUGUGUACUCUAAAUCAAAAAGAACUCCAUUCAUUUUCCCCUUAAUCCCCUCGAUACUAAGAAUCUCGUAAGUCUCGUCGACAUCUAUAAGCUGAUCCCACAGUUUUAAAACGUAACAACUCUUUUCAAUUCACAAGAUGUUUAAACGUGUUUUAGAAAUGUUUGCAGGAACGUCCGUCACAUAUGAGUAUGCGCCAUUAAGUGGAGAAGGAGUGGAUGUAUGUGACGGUUGAUAGCAAACGAGUUCAAAACUUGUGAAAAAUGUCUUGAACCACACACACGACAGUCAACGUGGAAAUGGUUUAACCACCAAGCA